CGCCACACGUGUUGCGCCCACUUGCACCACGUCUUGUCUGCGAUUUGUGCGUGUUUUGUCUCCACUCUCACCCCACUGUAACAUUGCCGCGUCACACACGUCGUCAUAUCGACAACGACAACUGCAGCAGCCGCUUCUGACCGUGCUUGAGCUUCUCUUUUGACCCCCUUAGCACAUCACCAUGCCUCGCCGAAGCCGCCGCACCAGCUCCCCAGCGCCUGCGCGCACCGCCCCAAGGCCUGCGCCGCGCUCGACACCUGCGCCCAUGCCCCGCUCGACGCCGGCGCGCAUGCCAACCUCCACACCCGCCCGCACCCCCGCACAGACUGCCCCUACCGCCCCUGUUCAGCACGCGCCACAGGCGACUGGUGUUGCCCCGCAGCCAAAGCAGCCCGGUCUGAUGGCGCAGAUGGCCGCCACCGCCGGCGGCGUCGCCGUGGGCUCUGCCGUUGGCCACGUUGUCGGCAAUGCCAUGACGGGCGCAUUCAGCGGCUCCGACAAGGAGGCCGCCCCCGCCGACCAGCAGCAGUACCAGCAGCAGCAGCAGUACCAGGCACCACAGCAGCAGCAGCAGCAGCAGGACCAGGCGAACCCGUGUGCGUAUGAGAUGCAGCAGUUCCUGCAGUGCGCACAGAACUACCCGAGCGACCUCUCCCUCUGCCAGGCCUUCAACGACCAGCUCAAGCAGUGCAAGCUCAACUACGGCCUGCAGUAAGCCCGUGCCGCUGGUAUCCCUGACCCCACCACACACACACAUCGCGCGCCUUGGCAGCCAUUCACUGCCUCUGCUUGUGUUGCCAUGCCCACGUCACUCAACCCAGCCCAAUGACGGAUGUGUGCCCACAAUAAAACCACUAGCUCCCUCAUGC